ACUUGUGCAAAAAUGCAAUUCAAAAGAUAGCUACAUCUGAACAGUUCAAUAGUCACCGUCAUAUACUUUGUUGUACUUACAUGUACUCGUUUAACUGACGGUGAAAUCAAUUCGUUGUGUCACACAAAGACUUUAACUUCAGCAUGAUUUCCAAGUUGUCUAUUGUUGUAAUAUAUUCGAUUGUAGCUGCUAGCUGUGUUAUUAUAGCUGUACUUGCACCGAAAACUGACGAAGAGGUCGUACAAGUGUCGUUCGACGAUUGUUUAAAAUGGGCGAACAACGGCAAGGAUCCCGCACCUGAUCAUAUACUAACAGUGGGCAUGUUAAUCUCUUAUUUCGGUGAUCGUUCUGACAAUGAUCUAGGGAUCGUUGAAGAUUGCUUCGCGGCGGAUCCAACAACAAGUAUAGACAAGAAAAAGUAUGGUGAAAUUUUAAAAUCAUUUUGCCAAAGACAAUACCCUAACCUGACGUUGGAAAGAUGCGCUGAAAAAAAAAAGAGUGCAGCCAUAUCGACGUCUCUGGAAGAAUUGAAAAGUUCUUAUAUUCGGGAUAUAGUAUGUGAUGCAUUCGAAACUCAAAAAUAAAGGUUACAAAAAAAAAAAAA